CUGGACUUGGGGUCUGGUGCAUUCUGCCAAGGCCCGAGUUCUCUGCUUUCCCAUUCCCCACGGGGCUCUGUUCCCUGGCAUCCCAGAUCCAGGAGAAGGGGAGCCUGCCCCUGCCCUGCGCCGUGCCCCCUUGGAGUAGUGCCUUGGAAGGAAUUUGUUCCCCAUGGGCCAGGGAGUGCACAGCUUCCCUCCUGGGGCUCCCCUGAGGGAUGCCAGGUUGUGCCAGCUGCCAGAGAGCCUCGUCCGUGGGCACACCAAGCCAUGGCACUGAGAGGCUGGGCCGUCCCCAGGGGCUGUGGAAAGGACAGAGCGAGCUCCCGAGCUGUCCCUGCUUUGUGGGGACAUGGUAUGAAGGACAGUGACCCGGGAGGCUCAUCCCCCGCUAAUACCUGGGACUUGGCUCAGCCACAGCUCUAGGGAACACUGGCAGCCCUUGCAUCCAGCUGGGCACCAGGGGACAGCAUGGUGAUGCCUGCUGUUCUGCCCUGGCCCACUGCGUGGGCUGAAGGGCUGGAGCCCACCUGGGCAGAGGUCUCGCUUGGCUUCCAGGGAGGCAGCGGCAAAGCCCGGGGGUGCAAUGGCGCGGGGUCUGCCCCCUCAGCUCACUUGGAUUUCUUCAGCGGGCUCACCCUGUGUAUCCUGGCCCUUAUGGACCGUGGGCACGGGCCCCUCCACUUCACCUGACUGCUGAGAUCAUCACAUCCGUGGCUGCUGGUGAUUAACCUCUGCUGAGUCUCCUUAGCACUUCAUUACUCACCGCUCUGCACCGCACGUAAUGAGGGCUUUACAAAAUUCAAGACAAGCGUGAUAAUGACUCAAGUACAGGAAUAGGCCCCCAAGUGGCCCAAGUUAGAAACACUCUCUUCCAUUUGGAUAGCGUCAUCCAGGUUGGACCUCUCUAGUCCGGCACGCUUUGGUCUGGCAACAUCUGUGCUCCGGCAUGAUUUGAGUUAGCUGGAUGUCCACUUAGCAUGGAUGCCCUGAUGUUUGCCCUCGGCGGGAGAGAGCAGGCCUCCCGCAGAUCCGUGCAUGCACAAGCCGUGGCUGCGAAAGCCCAGUAAGAGAAUGAGUGACAGCGACCCCCAGAGUUGGAGCAAAUGGGUCUGGCUGCUCGCUCUCUGCCUUGUCACGCUCUGGGGGAGGCUGACGCUGGCCUCGUCGCACCACAGAAGCCAUUCAGUGCACAUCGAGCCUGGCACGUGCGAGGUCAUCGCCGCCCACCGGUGCUGCAAUAAGAACAAGAUCGAGGAGCGCUCCCAGACGGUGAAAUGCUCCUGCUUCCCGGGGCAGGUGGCGGGGACCACCCGCGCGGCGCCCUCCUGCGUGGAUGCCUCCAUAGUCCUGCAGAAGUGGUGGUGUCAGAUGGAGCCGUGUCUCGAAGGGGAGGAGUGUAAAGUGCUGCCGGACCUGUCGGGAUGGAGCUGCAGUACGGGCAACAAAGUCAAGACGACCAAGGUCACCCGAUAGCCGCGGUGGAGCUCUGGCCGGAGGGUUCCUCUGCCCGGCGCCUCGCGAAAUGGCACAGGAUCACUGGCGCUCUGCUGCGGGACGGUCCUGUCUGGUUCUGCGGAGCUGGGGCGGUGGCAGGGCUGCAGCAGCGGUGGGACAGGCUGGCUGCCCCUCUGAGCACUUUAUGGUUCUGACGGCUGGGCAUCUGACAGCCGACUUGGGCUGCCUCCUUCCUGGGGCAGCGCUGGGACUGCAGCGGGAGUGGUUGCUGCACUCCCGGAGUCCUGGGAGUGAACACCACGCCAGCCACGGCGCCGUGCGAGGAUUGUGGUGCCAGAGCGACCGGGAGUGAGGCUGCGGGGAUGGGUUCUGAGCACAGCUGUAAGGACUCCCUCUCCCUCCGCUUGUUCCCAUUGCGUCAGGGAGGUGCACGCCAAGAAAUUCUUGAGUCACACUGAAUUUGCAAAGAGAAAAUCCGGCAUCCUUUUUUUUUCCUGCCGCAUAUUCAAAGAGGAGAAAAUAAUUCCCAUGAAACCCGUCCCUCCCCCUUCCCGCGAGGUCUCGAGUGGGUGUCACUGCCAGGACUUGCGAACUCAAGGUCUAUACAAAACCUUCCCCGCCUUUGUUUUGCUGGUUUGGAAUGAAUAAAGGUUCCCAGGAGAAGUCUCUGCCGACGGGCCAGAUUCCGAUCUGUCUCCCAUGGGCGCCAAGCUCAGGUAGCUCCACUGAAGUCUGUGGAGUUGCUCCGUCUGUCGUGGCGUGCAGGGGCUCGGAACCUGGCCCACUGUGCAGAGUGAAACAGCUGGCGCGUUGCAGGAGACUCCCUGGCGUGCGCCGGUGCCCUUGUGGAGCGAAGCUAGGCUGCCUUUUCCUUGCCCGUUCCUUGCACUGGCCAGGCGGUUUGUUUCCGAUCUCUGGGAUCCAAGUCAGAGGAGCCAAAUUACUAUUCAGGGUUGCAAAUGCACGUCACAAUAGGGUAUGUGUGUGUGGAAACUGCUUCUCCCUGUUGGCUUUCUUGGGCCUGGUGCACAGAUUGAGUCAGCUUGGCUCUGUUAAGUCAAGAGAUUAAAACCUACCAUAAGCGCAGAGAUCUUUCCAGGGCAAGCUAUUCUUCCCAAUUUGCUACAAUAUACCGGGGGAGGGAGCCCCAUCUAGCCCCCUUCUCCCUGCCGCAAACACUGCCAGGAAAACCCCUGUGGUCCGGGGCACUAAUCCCCCGCCCCAAGAAGACCGUGGGGGAACCUGCCACUGAAGUCAGGCGAGCAGGACUGGGCUUUGGGCUCCCAAAGGAGACUUGCAAUGGUUCUCAACCCUCCCUCCCACCCCGUGAAAGUCUCAGCUCCAAUAGGCACCGAAGCCUGAUGCAGGGGAAAGGAGUAGUUAGAACCAACUUAAUUCAGACAGAAUUGUUGGCCCCCUGGGCAUGGUCGAGUAAGGGUGGCUCUCAGCUCCUGGAAGGGGCAUGGCCUAGGGUGGGCAGGGCCUUGGGCAGAAGGGGCAAGGCUGGGCAGCCAGCCCCCAGCGCCAUGCAGAGCGCACCGCGCCAUGCUCUGCCCCAGGCAGCACUUAGAGCUGUCCAGAGCGUGCCACGCGGCGCUUGGACGAUUUAAAGGGCCCAGCACUCCAGCUGCCCCCUUUGCCUCCUCCCUGCCCUGCUUCCCUUAGAAGUCGAUCAGACCCCACCCUAGUGGCGUGGCACCCCCAGACUUUGGUACCAUUAUGUCCUAUUGACUCAGGAAGGCCCCUGGAUUUAACCCUUGGCAGUGAAAAUACCGGUGUGCUCGUUGGUCACCCACAAUGCAAAGGGACCCUACGGCUGACGCCAGGGCUGCUGUGGAGAUUACGUGGCUUCCAGGACUAGCGGGAGAGCCUGGUGUGGGCAGAGCCAGGCAAAGAGCCCGUUUCAGACACAGCCCGGCUCCGGUGGGUUUGGCAGCCGCCGGCGUCCAGACGACAGCGGUACGACCUGCCUGAGCUGUUAUGGGAACGUUUUUGUCACGGGGCUGUAAUCCCCGCCUCGGCUGCGAUGUACAUACCAGACUGUGAAAUAUUAAAUUCAUUUUAAUCUCUG